AGAGAUGCUGCGAGUGUUAGAACGAGUUAGGUUGUCAUGUAGUAACCAACAGAAGGUUACGAGUUAAAAAUGUAUAUGAUUAUUUGAUCUUCUGACUGGUUUUGCGUAAAGAGAAGAGAUAUGGAAUGAGUCGGAUACCACAGAUGCGAGUCUUGUGUUGUUUUUGGAGACAUUAUUUAGACAUUUUUUAUAUUCGUGGUGAUCGACGAGAUACCUCGCUUCACGCGGUCGUUCAACUCGCGAUGCUGGACAGAUCGCUGCAUCAUCAUGUUGCUUCCGAGUUAGCGAAAGAAAUCACAAGUUACACCAGGGGGGCAGUGAGUAGUCGUCAUUUAGCUACAGAGGCCACCCGACAAUUGCAAGCAGAAAAAGAGGGAUGCAUUGGCUACAUCUGUUGAUUUGUCUUGUUGGCACUUCAGUGAUACAUUGUCGCGCCCGGUGAUGUGAAUUAGGAAGAUCAGUAAGUGUUUACAUUGUAGCCUAUCACUUGUGUUUAUGCCUGGGAUUGGCGCGAUGUUCCUCCUAAUUUGUUGGGUGGGUGCGAUCGUAAUUAGCCAAUAUUUUGAUUAUGGACACAGUGGCUGAAUUUGGGAUAAAUAAAAACUAAAAAGCAUUAUUUUUCAAACACAAUUUUCCAGUGAAACAGGCUAAUCUAUCCAGACCUAGACUACAUCGUAAUCAUCUGGAAUAUAGGCAGUUCAUGUGCACUGUUAUUGACUCCAUCAUCAUCAUCAUCAUCAUCAUCAAAUGACCUCUUGGACUUGUCAAGGGAGUGCACAUGUUUAGUGUCUGUUGGAUUACACAAUUUGUGUAGGAUAGGCUAUCGACUCAGACACCGGACUCUGCUCGGAUUAUGAUCAUGACCCUGGAAUGUAUGUAUAAUCGCCAAAGAGAUGUUGACUCCAUUGAACUAUGCUGGUGACAUUUCUCCUAAACUAACAAAUAGUUUACAUAGUCUUGUGCUGCUGACUCUUGGAUAUGCUACGUAUUGAUUUUAGUGGGUAAUUGUGCCACUGUCUCAGUACUUGGUCUGUUUUAACCACACAAUGGAAUACAACAUAAAUAGCUAAAUAGGUUGCAAAUGGGUUCAUUUCAAAGUUCCGUUGCAUCCUAUGUGUUCCUGACGCAUGAGUAAUCAUUGGUCACAAUCCACUCCCGUAACUGCAUCCACAUGGAGUUCAUGUAGGUCUACUUGAAAACUUUGGGUCGAGGAAACUUCCAGCCGUGACGCACAGACGGCUCCCUCUGCUGUAGUCCUGCUGCAAAAAAGUGACAGCUUUUUAUUUUUGCUGUCAUAGAGCGGAGAGGAAGAGGUAUUGACUCAAUAAGGAAAAAGUAGGCUACAGCAGAUUAAAAACAUUUGUCGAAAAUGGCCGGCGACUGCAACUAUAAGAUGCAUUAUGUGAAUGAUGACACAUUUUCUCCAUCCAAACCUCUACUGGACCAAGUGCGGGUGCCCGCGGGGGAGCCCGACGCCCCCAGUGUUCUGCAGGGGCGUGGGUCCGUUUAUUGCUCGCCAAACUUUGACAUGAUUGAUGGGCUGCUGUACCGUAAGAAGUUGGAGAGAGGUUUCAUCCACUACCGGGAGGUGCUAGACGAGGACCGACGACUCGGGGCGAUCGCCACUUUCCACCGGCGGCGGCCAGGCAUGUGCCACCACUCCCUGGAGGAUACGUACAGAUCAGUGGCCGAGAACUACUGGUGGGAGGGGAUGUACUUCCAGAUCCGAGACUUUGUCCGGGGAUGCCCGGCGUGCCUGGAGCAGAGGAACAAGAGACCCAAGAAGCGUGUGGGUGAGAGGCGUCUCUCUCAGACGAUGAUGUCACACAGCCGUGACAUGCUGAGUAAACUGAGGAGCCAGCGGGAGGCGGGGCUGUUCUGUGACAUCACUCUGAGGACUGACGGGUGCUCUUACUCCGCCCACAAGGCGGUGCUGGCAGCGGUGAGCGAGUACUUUCAGGAAUUAUUCACUGAGAUGGACUCCGCCCCUAGCUCCAGGUCUGACAUCGACCUCACAGGUUUCAGUGAGUCUAUCCUGAUGUCUCUGCUGGACUUCUCCUACUCCUCUAUUCUGUGUGUGUCUGAGGAGGACCUUCCAGAGGUCAGCACUAUGGCCCGUCACCUGGGCAUGUGGCCUGCCGUGGAGGCCUGUUCUGCCCUCCAGACGGAGCAGGGAUACCACGCCGCCCAAUACCCCACCAUGGAGCAUCCUGCCCUGGGCUUCUCAUCGCAGAUCCCUGGAUCUCCCCUGGAGCUCCACCACCACCAGAGGAACAGGAGGAAGAAUAGGGGGUUGGCUGGAGAGGGCAGGGUGGCUGGGGGUAGAAGGGUAAGUGGUGUGGAUGAUGGCUUCAGACAAAUUCUGGAUCAGUCCAAUGAGUCGAGGGAGGAGAGCCCGACCAGGCGGUCACCCCGUCGCCCCCCCGGACCCAGCCCCCUCCCCCUAGGGCAGAACGGUCUCCCCCUCAGCCCCACCCGCAGGAUGAAGCUCAUGGACUUCAAAUCUCCGUCUUGUAAAAUAUCUUCUUCUCCUCCAAAAAACGUAUCCUCCAACCCCCGCUCCCGAAACACCCAAUCUUCCUCCUCCUCGCCCCACACGCGUCUUCUCCGCUCUACUCCCGGGGCCGCCCAGGAAGUUCAGAGACUGCUUCCCAGGACAGAGAGCCCACCUCGGGGCCGAAAACCUCACCCUGUCCCCCAUCCUGCCUCCAACUCCAGCUCCUCCACACAGAGGGCUGGCUCUGAGGCCCCCAUAGUGAGGGUGAAGCAGGAGGAAGAGGGGGACGAGGAUGAGAAAGAUCAUUUCCGAGCUGGAGAAGUACCGCCUGAUGAGCGUGCUCGGGUUACAGAGGACGUCCCUCCUCCCCAGACCAGAGGAUCUGAUUGGCUGGAGGCAGAAAAAACGCCUCCGGAAGUUGAAGGUCAAUAACUAUUCGUUGACCAAGAGGAGGAAACCUCGCCUCCAGGCAUCAGGGGGGCUUACGUUCGGGGGGCCGCCCCUGUCACUCCCCCUAUGUACCCCUGCCAAAGC